AGGAUUCCUUGCGAGGCACACACGAGGUGGUGGUGGCAGUGGGCGGAGACGGCGUGGAGAGGGGGAAGAUGUGGAGCGAGUGGCGUGGCUUGCUCGCUGCAGAAACAGAACCAACAUCAUCAGCAGCAGCAGCCGCUCGCCCGGGACUCUACCGGCAACGUACAUCGACCGAGAGCUUCUUGUCCGUGAAGGCGGCGGCGUUGGGCAAAGCGAGUACUGCUGGCACGCGACUACCCCCAACCCCCUAACCCAUCAACAACAACACACGAGCAGCAUCAACAACACAGCCGCAGGAGAACAACCGUCCGGCCACAGCCACCACCGACAGGGAUUUUACGAAUGACCGUCACGAGAAGCCGCUCGCGAUCCAAUGCGAGAGGUUGUGCAGCCCUUGGCGCAGCAUGUGGGUUGUGGGCAAGUUUGGCCCCAGAAACUACAUGGCUUGUCUGGGCUUACUCAUGUUGCUGUCGGCGGCCAGGAUUCUCAUUCAUCUGGGCGGCGGAGGAGUGUCUCGUUUUCUAGGAAAUUCUUCAAGACUGGAGUAUGAUUUUCCAAGCAGACCAAAGGUAUUGCCGUUCCCGAGCCAGCUCGUUUAUAACCGCGUGGGGAAGUGCGGCAGUCGAACCGUGGUGCAGCUGCUCAGGGUCCUGUCGGCGAGGCAGGGCUUCAACCUCCUCACCUCGGAAAUCCACAACAAGACUCGCCUCGGACGCAUGGAGCAGUUGGAGCUGAUCAAGAACGUGAGCGGCCUGGAGAAUCCGUUCCUCUUCACGAGGCACGUCCACUUCCUCGACUUCACCAGGUAUGGCGUGGAGCAGCCAGCUUACAUCAACAUCAUCCGCGACCCCAUCAGCCGCUUCCUUUCCAGCUACUUCUUCCGCCGGUUCGGCGACUGGCGCUCGGAGCAGAUCCACCUGGUUCGCACGCCGGGCAUGAAGGAUGAGGAGAGGUUCCUGAGUGUGAACGACUGCAUCCUCAAGAAUUACCCAGAAUGCACCAACCCUCGCCUGUUCUACAUCGUCCCCUACUUCUGUGGGCAGGAUCCUCGGUGCCGAGUUCCCAGCAGCUGGGCGCUCAAGAGGGCCAAGGACAACGUGGUGCAGUACUACUUGCUCGUGGGCAUCCUGGAGGAGCUGGAGGACACGUUGCUCGUGCUCGAGAGGCUCCUUCCCCACUACUUCAGCGACGCCCUGAAGAUUUACAGCGACCCAGACUACUUCGGCCUGGGCAACGGCACGAGCUCCCUCAAGAAGCAGCUGCCGUCGCGGCGCGCCCUCCAGGUGCUGUACCAGAGGCUCGGCUACGAGUACGACUUCUACUACUUCGUGCGCGACCAGUUCCACCUGCUCAAGCGCAAGCUGGGCCUCAGGGUGCCGCGGCGGCCCAGGCCGCAGGACGUCACGUUGCCUCCCGGGGCGACGCGCCUCUUCGCCGACGAGACGGCCGCGGUGGCCGUAGGGGGGACGGCGGCAGCGACGGCGGCGGCGGUGGGAGGAGGAGGAGGAGAGGCGGCGACGGGCGAGGUGGCGGCCAAGGAGAAGGCAGCGGCGCCCGAGGCCCCUGCCCACGAGGGCCAGGACUCGGCGAGGGAAAGCGGCGGCGUAGGGGAGGGCACGGGCAGCCGAACGCCGCCCGUGGCGCAGCGGGCUCUGGUCCUGCGCACGUUAAACGAGGAGGGGGGGGAGGAGGGCGACACCAACGUGGACGUGGACGUCUCGCAGUGGCUGCGGGAGAACUACCGGCGCUGACCGCCGAGUCCAUUCCGCCGGGACACAUUUGCGUUUUGUUUUAUGUUCUGCACAGAAUAGAUGGGUUAAUUUGGUGUACAUAUACUGGAAUGACGAGCGAGAGGUAUUUGCGAGCUAUUUCAAUCGUGGGUGGCUUUCGCUUUGUGUGAUGAUGCGAACAUAUUCUUGGUUCUUUCGGUAAAGUCACGUAGAAGGGAAACAAUAAAAUUAUAAAAAUAUAAAACAAUAAAAUUAUCACGACGUUUCGACUGCAACACAAGCAGUCAUCAUCAGGUGUGAAAC